AUGGCAGGUGAUGUCAUUGUUUGCUUUGCCAAUUAAACCAAAGCCAAAAUAUAUUUUUGCAGUAGAGUGAAGUUACUUUGUUCUUUUAAAAUCGCAGUAUUUUUUCUGAAAUUGUCGACUGUUGUAAGCUUCAGACCAAUUCACUGUGCUGCACCUGUUUUAUGGAACUCGCUGCCAUUAAGUAAAAGAACAAGUAGGAGCCUUGCCAUUUUUUAAAAGCAUCUUAAAACAUUUCUUUUUAGGCCGGAGAGCUUAUAAUUUACUAGAAUAACUCUGAAGUUUAGUGCUUAAGUUUGUAUAGAAUUAGACUUUUUAGAUUUUCGCAGAGCAUGGAAUUUUUUUUAUUAUUAUUAUUGUUAAUAUUAGCUUUUUAGGAAUUUUUUUUAAUUGUAACUUAAUGUGAAGCGCUUUUGAAUAUUUUAUAGUUCUAGUACAGGGGGGGGGGCCACGACUUAGUACUAGGCGCUAUUGGAGUCGUGGGCCCCCCCCUGUUCUAGUACUAUACAAAUUCUUUAUCAUUAUCAUGAUCAUCAUCUCCUAUAAAACUGGCGCGAAAUAACCUCGACCGUAAAAUUCCCAAAAUAAUCUCCGGAGCUUAUAUUUUUCAAAGGUUCUUUUUGAGGGGCUUCUUUUUGGAGGGGCCUAUAUUCGGAGGGGCUUAUCUACGGAGGGAUAUUUGCGUUUCAAAAUCGAUUAAGCUUCCCUUAUAGAUGGAAGUAAAUUUACCAUUUUUGCUUUGUUUCACUCUGUAUUUGAGGGCAAGUACCAGCCCCCGGGGGGCUUAUAUUUGGAGGGGCGAUUUAACGGAGAGUUUUUAGCGUUACCGGUCUGGGGGGCUUACAUUUGGAGGGGCUUAUUUUCGGAAUUUUACGGUAUCUUAUUUUGUCUUUUUCAUCUUCCGCUUUCAGGUGAGCUCAUUUUCCGUGCACUUCAACAAAUCCUACUGGAAGCACGCGUAGAGUCCGGCAAAACCGAGCUUUCGCAGGCUUUAAAGAGGAUUGCCUUGGAAAGAGGUUUUGCGAUUUCUGACAAUCAAGGAGAGGGAAACUGCAUGUUUUUUGCACUUUCAGAGCAGCUUGAAGUCAUCAAAGGAAUUCAAAUGCCCCAUGAUGAGUUACGCCGAACUGUUGUACAACACCUUCGGGAAAACCCCAGGCUGGUAAGUAUCUUAUUACCUUAUUAGGGUGCACACAUUUGCAGUAUACGCGCGUAGCUGUGGCAUUUGCCCGCUACAUUGUUUUAAUUCCUCUUAAAGUUAAAAACAAUAAGGCCCUGUCCACACGUAUCCGAAAUACGGGUCCACACGAAGCGUAUUUGAAUCUUUUUCUCCCGUCCACAUAAAAACGCUAAGAUGAUUGAAAUAGGAAUAGCAUCCAUUUACAGAGCAUGCACAAUGUUGUGUUCUAAGUCCUCUGUAUUCGUCCAUCCGCACGUCCUUUUCUAAAAUCUCCACUCUUUGGACCAUUUAUGAAAACCUGCUUCUUCGGCGCCCGAAAAUGCCGAUCACGUGUGGACGGAAGGCUAAAAUGGACAAAUAAAUAUCCGAUUAGAAAAAAUAUAUAUCUGGAUACGUGUGGAGGGGGCCACAAAUUCCUGCGAUUGGAUGUGAUGGCUUUACGGGUUUGCUGCAAACAAAUCCACCCUUUAUGAGCAAAACAUCAGCUCUGCAUGAGCAUCACGCUUGUUUGUACGUUGCUUCGUCGUUCACUGCACGACUGCGACGCAAAACGUCCGUAUGCGACGUUUUGUGGAGGGCACCGAACCCCCUACAGUGAAUUAUUGUUUUCGGGCUUGGAUACAGUAAUUAAGAACUCAAAUCUAAGACAAUUCGUCGGCUUAUGUUAAAUUAAGCAUUAUGAUAAAGUUUGAGAGAACACUCAUUCUUUUCCCAAGUUACUUUCGAGUCGGAGGCAUAAAUGGAUACGGAGAAAUUUUUUUACCUGUUAUUGUCGGCUCGAUCGUCAUGCUCAUGUCCUAAUUUAUUUUUUAACUGUACGGUAUAUUGCUGAACUUGAAAUGUNUUUAUCAUUAUCAUGAUCAUCAUCUCCUAUAAAACUGGCGCGAAAUAACCUCGACCGUAAAAUUCCCAAAAUAAUCUCCGGAGCUUAUAUUUUUCAAAGGUUCUUUUUGAGGGGCUUAUUUUUGGAGGGGCCUAUAUUCGGAGGGGCUUAUCUACGGAGGGAUAUUUGAGUUUCAAAAUCGAUUAAGCUUCCCUUAUAGAUGGAAGUAAAUUUACCAUUUUUGCUUUGUUUCACUCUGUAUUUGAGGGCAAGUACCAGCCCCCGGGGGGCUUAUAUUUGGAGGGGCGAUUUAACGGAGAGUUUUUAGCGUUACCGGUCUGGGGGGCUUACAUUUGGAGGGGCUUAUUUUCGGAAUUUUACGGUAUCUUAUUUUGUCUUUUUCAUCUUCCGCUUUCAGGUGAGCUCAUUUUCCGUGCACUUCAACAAAUCCUACUGGAAGCACGCGUAGAGUCCGGCAAAACCGAGCUUUCGCAGGCUUUAAAGAGGAUUGCCUUGGAAAGAGGUUUUGCGAUUUCUGACAAUCAAGGAGAGGGAAACUGCAUGUUUUUUGCACUUUCAGAGCAGCUUGAAGUCAUCAAAGGAAUUCAAAUGCCCCAUGAUGAGUUACGCCGAACUGUUGUACAACACCUUCGGGAAAACCCCAGGCUGGUAAGUAUCUUAUUACCUUAUUAGGGUGCACACAUUUGCAGUAUACGCGCGUAGCUGUGGCAUUUGCCCGCUACAUUGUUUUAAUUCCUCUUAAAGUUAAAAACAAUAAGGCCCUGUCCACACGUAUCCGAAAUACGGGUCCACACGAAGCGUAUUUGAAUCUUUUUCUCCCGUCCACAUAAAAACGCUAAGAUGAUUGAAAUAGGAAUAGCAUCCAUUUACAGAGCAUGCACAAUGUUGUGUUCUAAGUCCUCUGUAUUCGUCCAUCCGCACGUCCUUUUCUAAAAUCUCCACUCUUUGGACCAUUUAUGAAAACCUGCUUCUUCGGCGCCCGAAAAUGCCGAUCACGUGUGGACGGAAGGCUAAAAUGGACAAAUAAAUAUCCGAUUAGAAAAAAUAUAUAUCUGGAUACGUGUGGAGGGGGCCACAAAUUCCUGCGAUUGGAUGUGAUGGCUUUACGGGUUUGCUGCAAACAAAUCCACCCUUUAUGAGCAAAACAUCAGCUCUGCAUGAGCAUCACGCUUGUUUGUACGUUGCUUCGUCGUUCACUGCACGACUGCGACGCAAAACGUCCGUAUGCGACGUUUUGUGGAGGGCACCGAACCCCCUACAGUGAAUUAUUGUUUUCGGGCUUGGAUACAGUAAUUAAGAACUCAAAUCUAAGACAAUUCGUCGGCUUAUGUUAAAUUAAGCAUUAUGAUAAAGUUUGAGAGAACACUCAUUCUUUUCCCAAGUUACUUUCGAGUCGGAGGCAUAAAUGGAUACGGAGAAAUUUUUUUACCUGUUAUUGUCGGCUCGAUCGUCAUGCUCAUGUCCUAAUUUAUUUUUUAACUGUACGGUAUAUUGCUGAACUUGAAAUGUUGACCAACACGAGUUUUGUGUGAACAGGGUAUGACUACAUACUGGUUUAAAAGUCAGAAUUUCCAAACUCAGAUUAUUUUAACAGUAAACAUCCCUUCCCUCCUCUCUCUCUCUCUCUUACACGUGUAACGGACACCUCCCUAAAAGUGUUGGUCCCUGCCGUUCUUAACUGUUGUUUUUUGACAUUUUUAAGGAGAGUAGUGUAGGUCACACAGGUUAGACCCCUUUUUGUAGUCGAAUCUUAUUACUGUGAUGACAUGACAUCUUUAUCUCAGCAAUAAAAUGCGGUGGAAUCUCUUCAAGAUAACGUCACGAGCUAUUUUUAUGUAGUAUUUAGUAUAUCCAAUUAUUCUUAUAUUGAUGAUGUAACUUGUUGGGAUCUUGUCCUUAUUUUGUGAGAAUAAUGCCGUAGAUCAUUCUAAAUUAUGUGCGUCAUGUUUUUAUUUGGUCAUGAAGACACCUCUGAGCCAUGACGCCUUCAUUGUCCAUUGCAGACAACUUGAUCUGUCUUCACACUAUACCGUAUAGUUUUUUCGCGGGCACAAAAAUCAUAUCGGAUGGGGUUUCAGUUCACACAUAAGAACGGUGAUUUCGGGGCGAUUUCUGUUAAACGGAGAGAAGCUGUGCCCCGCCGAUCUUUUAAGUGGAGAGUCACAUAUCGGAUAGAUGUUCACACUUUACUGGAUGGCUUUUCGUGUCGUCACCAAAGCUUAUCUGGUAUAGUAUGAUCAUAGCUUUAUUGUUCUGGUUCCGGUCCGCUGAUUCUUGGCGCGCAAAGGAGAUAAAGACGUCAUCGACGUUAAUAUAUUCAAAUCUCUGCUUUAAUACUUUACUCCUAAAACAGUGUACACCAUACUAGUGCUGAUACCAGCGGGGUCGGCCUUAGAGAAAACAGACUUCGAUUCGUGGCUGUCUAAAUAAAUACCUUCUACAAAAGUACUCUACAUUUUCUCUAUUAACUACAGUAUUUUCUUUCUUUCUUACAGCCGGAUGGGACAGAACUGUUUCAUUUUGUUGAUGGAUAUAAAUCUUGGGAUGCUUACCUCACAAGUAUGAUGGUAGAUGGUACAUGGGGUGAUCACGUGAUUCUACACGGCGCGGCAAACUGUUUUCAAACGUGCAUCUACGUGAUCAGCAGUCUGCAGAAUCGGCAUGACGUAAUGAUCUGCCCAGAGUAUGAUGUUACUGGUAGCAACCGGCUUGUGCUGGGUCACGUGUUCGAGCUUCACUAUGUUAGCCUUAUUCCACAUAAAGGAGGUAAAGAUGACUGA